CCAGCGCGACUGCAUCUGUUUUAACCAAGUGUUAAAUGCUGUAUGUUGAAUAAACGUGGAAUUACGAAAUAUUGUGUAUGAUGUUCUUUGAUUUGAAAUUAUAGUGAAGGUGUUCCGUAUGUGCUUGCGCGUGCAUAUGACGUGUCACAUGACGCGCAGUGUCAACACAGCAGCGCGAGAGCGAGCGGACCGGAUCUCCGUUAAACAUCAUCAUCACGAGCUGACCGCGAGACACGGUGAGCCUGACAUCACACCGACACACCGCUUAUCACUUUCUCAGGCUGAUGACGGUUCCAGGAUGCUGGGGUUCUGCUGCGGUCCCGUCCGGUUCUGUCCAGUCCUGGUCCUGAUGCUGGCGGUCUGCGGUGGUAACGUGGUCAUCCAGAGAGAUGCUCAGUUCGACAUGACGUAUUACGACACGGUCACCAGCGACAACCAGACCAUCUACUCCUACAACCACACCGUCUCCAGAAACAAGACGGAGGGUGUGCGUGUGUCCGUGGAGCUGCUGUCCGAGAGCGCUCAGAGUCCGGUUCUGUUCGUGGUCCGGCAGAAACAGGCCGUCCUGUCCUUCCAGGUCCCCCUCAUCCUCCGAGGCCUGUAUCAGAGGAAGUAUCCGUACACACAGGUGGGUCGUACGCUGUGUCAGCCGCCCACUAAAGCUCUGGCAGAGACACAGUUCUUCUUCGUGGACGUGUCGACUCUGUCCAGCGCUGGGAUCCACUAUCAGCUGCGGGUCAGUCGUGUGGACAGCUUCACACUGCAGACAGACAAGAAAUUCAGCUUCAACGCGACGCCGUCCCAACCACAGUUCUUUAAGUAUGUGUUUCCUGAUGGUGUGGACACAGUGAUCGUGAAGGUGAACUCACAGAAGAACUUCCCCUGCUCAGUCAUGUCAAUACAGGACAUCCAGUGUCCGGUUUAUGAUCUGGAUAAUAAUGUGGCGUUUAUUGGAAUGUAUCAGACGAUGACCACCACAGCUGCCAUCACAGUGCAGAGGAAGGAUUUCCCCAGUAACAGUUUCUAUGUGGUGGUGGUGGUGAAGACUGAAGACGAGGCAUGCGGAGGACCACUGCGAUUCUACCCACUCUUACCUGAUGAGCUGCUAGAUGCUGGGAAUCGCAGUAAAACUCUGGAUGUGAUUGUUUCUCCUGCCAUUAACUCGGAGGUGUAUGUGAUGGGGAUGCUCUUCUGUCUGGGGAUCUUCCUGUCCUUCUAUCUGCUCACGUUCCUGGUGGCGUGUGUGGAGAGUAAGAGGAUGAACAGGAAGAGGGAGGGGUUUCUGAACGCUGACGCCUCACCUGCAGAGACAGCAUCUCUCUUGGGAAAGGCUUCAGUGUCUCCGUAUGAAUACGGUUCAUUUGCUGAUAACGGCAGCACACUGAGCUCUGAAGCUGUUACUGACAGUUUAGCGUCGACCGAUGGGAACUACGGAUGCAUGGAUCGUUCUUUAGAGAGUGUAGCCCGCAGUCGGCAGGAGUCUCUGAGUUCAGUGGAAGAGGACGAUUACGACACGCUGGUCGACAUCGACUCGGACAAAAACAUCGUCCGUACGAAGAAGUUCCUGUGCGUCUCGGAUCUCUCUCGUAAAGACAAACGCAUCCUCAGCAAGAAAUACCAGAUCUACUUCUGGAACAUCGUUACGAUCGCCGUGUUUUACGCUCUUCCUGUCAUUCAGCUGGUCAUCACCUAUCAGACGGUUGUAAAUGUCACUGGAAACCAAGACAUCUGCUAUUAUAACUUCCUGUGUGCACACCCUCUUGGAGCUCUAAGCUCCUUCAAUAACAUCCUGAGUAACCUGGGCUAUGUGCUGCUGGGACUGCUGUUCCUGCUCAUCAUCCUGCAGAGGGACAUCCUUCACAAACGAGCGCUCGAGCGUAACGACAGCACAGCGCUGGAGUGUGGCAUCCCCAAACACUUCGGCCUGUAUUACGCCAUGGGCACGGCUCUGAUGAUGGAGGGGCUGCUCAGCGCCUGCUACCACGUCUGUCCCAACUACACCAACUUCCAGUUCGACACGUCGUUCAUGUACAUGAUUGCUGGACUGUGUAUGUUGAAGCUGUAUCAGAAGAGACACCCGGACAUCAACGCCAGUGCGUACUCCGCUUACGCUUGUCUGGCUGCCGUCAUAUUCUUCUCUGUGCUGGGGGUGGUGUUUGGUAAGGGUAACACCGUGUUCUGGAUCGUUUUCUCUGUCAUACACAUCCUGGCCACAAUGCUGCUGAGCACACAGCUCUACUACAUGGGCCGCUGGAGACUCAGUGAGUCACACACACACACACACACACACACACACUUGACAUAUUCAGCAGUAGAGGCUGAUGCUGUGUGUGUUUCAGACUCGGGGAUCUUGCGCAGGAUGUUGUAUGUGAUCUACACAGACUGUAUUCAGCAGUGCAGUGGACCCAUGUACAUCGAUCGGAUGGUUCUGCUGGUGAUGGGAAACCUUGUGAACUGGUCUCUGGCGGCGUACGGACUCAUCAAACGACCCAAUGACUUCGCCUCGUACCUGCUGGCCAUCGCCAUCUGUAACCUGCUGCUCUACUUCACCUUCUACAUCAUAAUGAAGCUGCGCAGCGGAGAGAGGAUCCAGUGUCUGGCUCUGGUGUGUGUUCUCUUCACCGCUGUGGUCUGGGGUUUCGCUCUCUUCUUCUUCUUACAGGGGCUCAGCACAUGGCAGAAAACUCCAGCGGAGUCUCGUGAGCACAACCGUGAGUGUAUCCUGCUCUCCUUCUUUGACGAUCACGACAUCUGGCACUUCCUGUCCUCCAUCGCUAUGUUCGGAUCCUUCCUGGUCCUGCUCACGAUGGACGACGACCUCGACACGGUUCAACGAGACAAAAUCUACGUCUUCUGAUGGACCGAUACUAGCCAAUCACAGAGCAGCACUGGGGGGUGUCGGCCAAUGAGAGGCCUCGCUACCUGAAUAUGUUUACCUGCCAGUCAGUGGCGGUGUGGGAGGAGCCUCAUACAGGAGCUAAUGCUGAUAGGACAGUGAAUGUGUCAGUCAAACUGCCAGAGCUCCGCCCAUGUUCAUCGCUUCAGACAUGCUCUGCACAUCUCAAUGCAUUUCUGUACUGUCCUCUGCGUCUGUGUGCGUCUGUGGCCUUCUGUGAUCCGAGCCCAGCUUCACUCAUAUAAAGAUGAUUCUGAUCUGAGAAAAUCAACUUUGCACCGUCUCAAAUACAGAGUGGGUUUUACAGAGUACAAAUGGAAUGAUUACCGAAUAAAGACUUUUUACGGUU